AUGUGGACUUCUGGUAGAAUGAGCAAUGCAAAGAGCUGGCUGGGACUUGGCAUGUCCUUGUACUUCUGGGGACUGAUGGACCUUACGACCACCGUUCUCUCCGGCACGCCAACACCACCAGGCAAAUUAGAAGCGCUCCUGUCAGAUAAGCCACAGUCACACUCGCGGACAAAGAGGAGCUGGGUUUGGAAUCAGUUUUUUGUUCUGGAAGAGUACACUGGAACUGACCCUUUGUAUGUCGGCAAGCUCCAUUCAGACAUGGACAGAGGGGAUGGAUCCAUCAAAUACAUCCUCUCAGGAGAAGGUGCAGGCAUCGUGUUUACCAUCGACGAUACCACUGGAGACAUCCACGCCAUUCAGAGGCUUGAUCGAGAGGAAAGGGCCCAGUACACUUUAAGGGCUCAAGCCCUAGACAGGAGAACAGGCAGGCCUAUGGAGCCGGAGUCUGAGUUCAUCAUCAAAAUCCAAGACAUCAAUGACAAUGAGCCCAAGUUCCUGGAUGGACCUUAUGUCGCCACUGUGCCAGAAAUGUCACCAGUGGGGACCUCUGUCAUCCAGGUGACAGCCACAGAUGCUGAUGAUCCAACCUACGGCAACAGUGCCCGGGUAGUAUACAGCAUUCUCCAGGGCCAGCCAUAUUUUUCUGUGGACUCCAAAACAGGUGUCAUUAGGACAGCUCUCAUGAACAUGGACCGAGAAGCCAAAGAAUACUAUGAAGUGAUUAUCCAAGCCAAGGACAUGGGAGGGCAGCUUGGAGGGUUAGCUGGGACCACAACGGUCAACAUCACCCUCUCAGAUGUCAAUGAUAACCCACCCCGCUUUCCCCAGAAACAUUAUCAGAUGAGUGUGUUGGAAUCAGCUCCAGUUAGCUCCACUGUGGGUAGAGUAUUUGCCAAGGACUUGGAUGAGGGAAUCAAUGCAGAGAUGAAAUACACCAUCGUGGAUGGAGACGGUGCAGAUGCCUUUGACAUUAACACAGAUCCCAAUUUCCAAGUUGGCAUCAUAACUGUGAAGAAGCCCCUGAGUUUUGAAAGCAAGAAAAGUUACACCUUGAAAGUGGAAGGAGCCAAUCCUCACCUAGAGAUGCGUUUUCUGAACCUAGGCCCAUUUCAGGACACAACAACAGUGCACAUCAGUGUGGAAGAUGUGGAUGAGCCCCCCAUAUUUGAACCUGGCUUUUAUUUUGUGGAGGUUCCUGAGGAUGUGGCAAUUGGAACAACCAUACAGAUCAUUUCUGCCAAGGACCCAGAUGUGACCAACAACUCAAUCAGAUAUUCCAUUGACAGAAGCAGUGACCCUGGAAGAUUCUUCUAUGUUGACAUUACAACAGGUGCCCUAAUGACUGCAAGACCCCUUGAUCGGGAGGAGUUUUCUUGGCAUAAUAUCACUGUCCUUGCUAUGGAAAUGAACAACCCUUCCCAGGUUGGAAGUGUUUCCGUCACAAUCAAAGUCUUAGAUGUGAAUGACAAUGCUCCAGAAUUCCCCAGAUUCUAUGAAGCUUUUGUAUGUGAAAAUGCCAAAGCAGGGCAGCUGAUCCAGACAGUGAGUGCCGUGGACCUAGAUGACCCACACAGUGGUCAGCACUUCUACUACAGCUUGGCUCCCGAGGCUGCUAACAACCCCAACUUCACCAUUCGGGACAACCAAGAUAACACUGCCCGGAUUCUCACCAGGAGGUCUGGCUUCCGGCAGCAGGAGCAGAGUGUGUUUUACCUGCCCAUCCUGAUAGCAGACAGCGGGCAGCCGGUACUGAGCAGCACGGGCACGCUGACCAUCCAGGUGUGCGGCUGUGACGACGACGGCCAUGUCCUGUCCUGCAGCCCCGAGGCCUACAUGCUCCCGGUCAGUUUGAGCCGGGGCGCCCUCAUCGCCAUCCUGGCCUGCAUCUUCGUCCUCCUAGUGCUGGUGCUGCUCAUUUUGUCCAUGAGGAGGCACCGGAAACAGCCGUACAUCAUCGACGACGAGGAGAACAUCCACGAGAACAUCGUCCGCUACGACGACGAGGGCGGCGGCGAGGAAGACACCGAGGCCUUCGACAUCGCGGCCAUGUGGAACCCGCGGGAGGCGCAGGGGGGAGGCGCCCCCAAGACGCGGCAGGACAUGCUGCCCGAGAUCGAGAGCCUCUCCCGCUACGUGCCUCAGACGUGCGCCGUGAGCAGCACGGUCCACAGCUACGUGCUGGCCAAGCUCUACGAGGCCGACAUGGACCUGUGGGCCCCGCCCUUCGACUCCCUCCAGACGUACAUGUUCGAGGGGGACGGCUCCGUGGCCGGGUCGCUGAGCUCCCUGCAGUCGGCCACGUCGGACUCGGAGCAGAGCUUCGACUUCCUGACGGACUGGGGGCCCCGCUUCCGGAAGCUGGCGGAGCUCUACGGGGCGUCAGAGGGGCCCGCGCCCCUGUGGUGA